GACCUCAAGUGAUCCACCCACCUUGGCCUCCCAAAGUGCUGGGAUUACAAGGAUUACAACACCCGGCUGAAAAUGACCAACUUUCUUCCUAUGUGUUUCUCCAAGGUCAUAUUUUCUCCAACAACAUCAGCCUGUCAGGGGCAGGGCCUCUCGGUUCCCCAGCACGUGUAGGGGAGGGGUUUGCUGCUGGAAGUGCCUGUCACCGGAGGCAGCCACAGAAAACUGCAGACAGUUCUGCUGAAGGCCCCCAGCCUCUGUGAUGUCACACUGGGCCUUCUUUCCCUUCAUCCUGGGCUGUGGCUCUGAGGCCGCUGUGGCCAUGGAGCUCUGGAAGCUGGGCUGGGGGAGGAAGCCUGGUGGUUCUGACCGCCCCUGGAGGUGCAGGAGGCCCAACCAUGACACUCUUAAUGGAUGUCACGCCCCAGGUGAAGAAGGUCUAUCCCCUGCCUCUGGUCCCACGUCCCUGGGUCCUCUCCAGCCUGUUUGCUGCCUUCAAUGUGGUGCUGCUGCUCUUUUUCAGUGGCCUCUUCUUCGCAUUCCCUUGCAGGUGGCUGGCUCAGAACGGGGAGUGGGUCUUUCCCAUCAUCACAGGCCCCCUCUUUGCUCUCACCUUCUUCAGUCUCGUUUCACUCAACUUCUCAGACCCUGGCAUCUUACAUCAAGGCUCCGCUGAGCAGGGCCCCUUGACGGUGCACGUGGUGUGGGUGAACCACGGGGCCUUCCGCCUGCAGUGGUGCCCGAAGUGCUGCUUCCAUCGCCCGCCCCGGACCUACCACUGCCCCUGGUGCAACAUCUGUGUGGAGGACUUUGACCACCACUGCAAGUGGGUCAACAACUGCAUCGGUCACCGCAAUUUCCGCUUCUUCAUGCUGCUCGUCCUGUCCCUGUGCCUCUACUCAGGCGCCCUGCUGGUCACCUGUCUCAUCUUCCUGGUGCGCACGACCCACCUACCCUUCUCCACGGACAAGGCCAUCUCCAUCGUGGUGGCUGUGCCCGCCGCGGGCUUCCUGGUGCCGCUGUCCAUCCUGCUGCUGACCCAGGCCGUGUCCGUGAGCUCGGCCGACAGCACCUACAAGGUCAAGUGCAGACACCUUCACGGAUACAACCCCUUCGACCAGGGCUGUGCCAGCAACUGGUAUUUAGCAAUUUGUGCACCACUGGGACCCAAGUACAUGGCUGAAGCUGUCCAGCUGCAGAGAGUGGUGGGGCCUGACUGGACAUCCGUGCCCAACCUGCACCCUCCAAUGUCCCCCUCUGCUCUCAACCCCGGCCCGCCCUGGCCCCCAGCCCCAACCUCUGGGUACCUACAAACCAGGGAAGGGUCCCCGUGGGUGUGGUGAAGCUGCAGCUCCCCAGGAGCUCCACACCAGCCCAGUGCCCCCCCUGCUGCCGCAGGAGCCCCCAGGCGAGGUUCAGCCUUCCUCUUGCCCCGUGCACCCGCGGAGAUGCCCACAACACCAGCACCUGAGCUCCACCUCCUGAAUCCGCCUCCUGAACCCACCUCCUUACCUCCCACUUCCUGAGCCCUGAGUGGAAGCCUUUCUGGGCCCUGCCCUUUGCCCGCUCCCCUGGUGGGAGUGCCAAGACCCUCAAUGCCCAUUAAAUACCCUUGCCUGCCGCUUACAGC